UAGUUUCUUUGGGAUAUUUCACAUUUUACUUCAGCGCAGAUAUUUCAUGUUACAAGUAUUUUUCAUUUUUCAUUUUUCAUUGAAAUGCGUAAGAGAAACAAUUAUGGCGAUUCCGGUGUAGCGACGAAAUACGUUACAACUGCUCUUGGCCAGUCACAGUUAAUGCAUCUUUUGUCUGUCCAACUAAUAUGUGGCUUCUUAGCUGAAGCCAAGAGUGCGUGCCUCAGUAACUACAGGCCUACAGGCCAAUGGUUGAACGCUUAAAACGAUUCUGUGAUCUUUUUGCUUGAUUGUGCGUUUAUCUAUUUUCUAUGUGCAUUUUUUCUUCUAAUUUUCAUUACUUACAUAUAAUAUUUUGUUGCACUAAACUGAAUCGAAGUAUAAAAGUAUCUCAAGUUUUUGAAUUGCAAUGCAGUUUCAUUACAUAUUGCUUAGUGAAAAGUUCGAGAUUUCGUUUACGCAUUAACCACCGCUUCGAUCUUAGCUACUAACUAUUUUCGUACAAAUAUGAAGUUUCUGAUUCUUCUCGGCUUAAUUGCUGCAUCAGCUGCCGCCCCAGGCGGUUUACUUGAUUAUGGACAUGAUCUCUCAUAUGCCGCACCAGCUGUUGGCUAUGCACAUGCAGGCCCCGUUGCCGUAGCUGCAGCACCAACUAUUGUCAAAUCAAUUGCUGCUGCGCCUGUUGCAGUAGCAGCCCCUGUAGCUGUUUCUGCUCCUGUUGCUGUAAAAGCAAUCGCCGCUCCAGCAGCUACGAGUUAUUCAUCAUUUACUCCCGCCAUUUCAUAUUCCGCUGCACCUGUCGUAAAAUAUGCAGCCGCUGCUCCUGCUAUAUCAUAUGCCGCUGCUGCUCCCGCCAUCUCAUAUUCUGCUGCACCUGUUGUAAAAUAUGCAGCCGCAGCUCCUGCUAUAUCAUAUGCCGCUGCUGCCCCUGCUAUAUCCUAUGCAGCUGCAGCUCCCGCCAUUUCUUAUGCCGCCGCACCGACUGUAGUCAAAUACGCCGCCGCUGCACCUACAUACACAGUAGCCGCUGCACCAUCGAUCGUCAAAUACGCCGCACCUGCAGUUUCACUCGGUAGUUAUGGUGGCUUUUCCAGCUAUGGCGGCUACGGGGGUUAUGGUGGUUAUGGUGGUUAUGGAGGUUAUGGAGGUUAUGGAGGUUAUGGAGGUUAUGGCCAUGGCUACGGUCAUCUGUUGCAUUAAUUUUCUCAUAAUCACUCACAUAACGACGAAGGAUAAUCGGCCGAAGGAUAAUAAGGAUAAACGUCAUUUCUACAAUAUGCCAGAGUCAUUUUAAUAUUCUUAUGUUAACAUUUAGUAUUUCUAAAAUAUUUGAAAAAACAAAUAAAAAUAAUGGAGCAUCAACGUGAACCUCAGAACAACGAAGGAGUAAAAAUAACAGCAACAAC